CAGCAAAAAGCAACAAACAGUGACUCUGCAGAGGAGGAAAACGGGCCAAGCUCCCCUCCAGCUUCUGUUUUCCCGCCGUCCUCAGCUCCUGCCGAAGCCCCGGAGAGCUUUUCCCGCCUCAGGCUGGUGUGUCACCUGGUGGUGGGCGUGCCCUACCUGCUGUCCACCAUCCUGUUAGGACUCGUGUGCAGGGACAGGAUGAAAGGCGCCGUUCUGCUGACCAUCGAGCCGAACAGGCCUCAGUUCUUCCGCUACGAGUCCUUCAACCUGACCUGCGGCGGGGCCGGCUGGAUGUUGAUGAGAACCCCCUCGCAGCCCGUCUUCGUGUGUGACCGUGGGGGCAAGAGGAACGGCUCGUCCUGCAUCAACCGCAGCGCCCACAUGUCGGACAGUGACCGCUACUGGUGCCUGUCCCAGAGCGGCGAGACCAGCAAUGGCCUCGACAUCAUCGUGACCAGUGAGCACAGCUUCCUCUUUUCCUGUCCAAACUUCAAUCUGUCCCUCCAUUCAAACGUGAAAACAAAAGUUUAA